UGGUGGCUGGUGCUAGGGACCGCGGCAGGCCGAGAGGGAGGAGAGGGUGGGAGCGGGGACACGUCUGGGCAGCGCUCGGUGACUGGCACCGCUUCUCUCACCCAUUCAGGCCGGCGUCCGCUGUCCCAGUACUUGCUGCUGACCGCACUGAACUGCGCCUGCUGCACUCCUCGCCCGGCGUCCUGGCGUCCACCCUCAACAUGCCUAGCCUUUGGGAUCGCUUCUCUUCGUCCUCUUCCGCCCCUUCGUCUUCGCCCUUGUCGGCGACUCCCGGCCCGGAGCAGCCUCCGCGCUCCGCCUGGGGCUCAGCGGCCCGAGAAGAGGGACUGGGCCGCUGCGCGAGCCUGGAGAGCUCGGACUGCGAGUCCCUGGACAGCAGCAACAGCGGCUUUGGGCCCGAGGAAGACUCGGCACACCUAGACGGCGUGUCCCUGCCCGACUUCGAGUUGCUCAACGACCCCGAGGACGAGCACCUGUGUGCCAAUUUGAUGCAGCUGCUGCAGGAGAGCCUGGCCCAGGCGCGGCUGGGCUCGCGCCGCCCCGCGCGCCUGCUGAUGCCCAGCCAGCUGGUGAGCCAGGUGGGCAAAGAGCUCCUGCGCCUGGCCUACAGCGAGCCGUGCGGCCUGCGGGGGGCGCUGCUGGACGUCUGCGUGGAGCAGGGCAAAAGCUGCCACAGCCUGGGCCAGCUGGCCCUCGACCCCAGCCUCGUGCCCACCUUCCAGCUGACGCUCGUGCUGCGCCUGGACUCGCGCCUCUGGCCCAAGAUCCAGGGGCUGUUCAGCGCCGCCAACUCGCCUUUCGUGCCCGGCUUCAGCCAGUCGCUGACGCUGAGCACCGGCUUCCGAGUCAUCAAGAAGAAGCUGUACAGCUCCGAGCAGCUGCUCAUUGAGGAGUGUUGAACUCGGGGCUGGGCUGGGGGCCACAAGCGCCCCCACGGCAGGCAGAGACCAACCGAACUUUGAGGGGUGCACAGACAGGAAGUGCCCUAAGGAAGGGACAAAAGCCACCCAGGAGCGGAGGAAAGUGGAGGUGGGGGCAGGUGUUUCUUAGGGCGCUCGCCGACCAGUGUGCAAGGGGGGUCCCCCUCGAGUACUGUAGCAUGGAACAAAGGCUGAGGGGCCAAGCCGGCUCCGGCUGGAUGUGUAUGUAGCAUGUACCUUAUUACUUUUAUUGUUACUGACAGUUAAGGCGACUGCGGCGUGACAGGGCCCGCAGGGACAGCAGAUGGUCUGCAGGGGGCGCGCGCGCACCCCGCGGCCAGCGCUCGCGGGAGGGGGGAGGACCGGGCCCUGGUCUGUAUAUCUGGGGUCCAAGGACCCGAAGUGUUUGUUUUUCAUUCUUUGUAGCCUUUGGUUGGUUUGUUUUUGAUCAGAGCUUCACUACUGACCUGUUGGCAGCUAUCUUACAGACGCAUGAAUGUAAGAGUAGGAAGGGGCAGAUGUGGGCAUCCCUGGGGAUCUUGGACACUUGAAGAGAAAAAAAUAUAUAUACACACACCUAAGAGCUGCGUUUGGCCCAUCCCCCAGAGCAGUUGAGCUGGGGAGGGGCUGUGGUGACUGGAGCGGGGGCUGGAUGCCUCUCCUGAGGAGUGCCAUUGGGGUCCUUCCAUCGAGAACUGUUUACAUGGAGAUCCUCAUUGUUCAUGAAUACACUUGAUGUUCAAGUAUUAAGACCUAUGCAAUAUUUUUUACUUUUCUAAUAAAAAGAAAAACAUGUUUGUUAA